GAUAACUCUGGAGAUCAUGACUCUGCAGCCCCGAUGUGAGGAUGUGGAGACGGCAGAGGGGGUCGCCAUCACUGUCACAGGGGUGGCUCAGAUCAAAGUCAUGACGGAGCAGGACCUGCUGGCCGUAGCUUGUGAGCAGUUUCUGGGUAAAUCAGUCAUGGGAAUCAAAGCUGUGGUUCUACAGACUUUGGAAGGACAUCUGCGCUCCAUUUUAGGAACCCUGACUGUAGAGCAAAUCUAUCAGGACAGGGACCAGUUUGCUAAACUGGUGAGAGAGGUAGCAGCUCCUGAUGUCGGCAGGAUGGGAAUCGAGAUUCUCAGCUUUACCAUUAAG